GGAGAUCAUCAAUGGAGUUGGAGUCAUGUGUUCCUCCAGGGUUUAGAUUUCACCCGACUGAGGAAGAACUUGUAGCAUAUUACCUCAAGAGAAAGGUUGACUCCCUAAAAAUUGACCUAGAUGUUAUUAUAGACCUUGAUCUCUACAGAAUGGAGCCAUGGGACAUCCAAGGUAUUGACUACAAAAUUCCAGUGCAAUACAUAUAUUGCAUGGCUGGCCAAAACAGGUGUAAAUUGGGUUAUGACGAACAAAACGAGUGGUAUUUCUUCAGUCACAAGGACAGAAAGUAUCCGACCGGAACACGAACAAAUAGAGCUACUGCUGCCGGGUUUUGGAAGGCAACAGGAAGAGACAAGGCUGUUCUGUCGAAGGAAAAAUUAGUAGGGAUGAGGAAGACCCUUGUUUUCUACAAGGGACGCGCCCCAAAUGGAGAAAAAACAGAUUGGAUCAUGCAUGAAUAUCGACUCCAAACAUCUGAACAUGCACCUCCUCAGGCAAGUUCAUCAGAAGAAGGAUGGGUCGUUUGUCGGGCAUUCAAGAAACCAAGUCCGAACCAAAAGCAAGGCUUCAAUGCUUGGAAUUAUGGUUACCAUAUUGGUAAUAACAGCAUCAGUAGGCCUCCAUCAUUUCCGGAUAUAACAAAGCCAAUGCAUGCUUCGAAUCAACACACAGAUUUUCAUCACUUACCCUUUGGUUUGGAGGAGGACAGUGAAUCCAACCAUACUUCAUUUGACAAUCUUCUUGUUGAACUUCCACAACUAGACAGCUCCAUGAUUUCGACAGGUUUGACAAACGAAAAAGCCCUCAAUUUUUAUGACAUGGCAAAUGAAGAUCAUGUUGACCAGAGGAACAGGGAUGCUGCUAACCAAUACAGUGAUUGGAAAAACUUUGACAACCUAGUUGCAUUGCAAAUGAUUGAACCGGCCUCGUUUCAAUUUCCGAGCUUACCAUUAAUACCAAACAGUGAUGAGCAAGAUGCUAAAAACCACAUAACCCAUCUCCUUGGAUGCUUUCCUGAAUUAUAGCCACAAAGCGUCAAUGGUCGUGAUUUUCAGAUUUGAGAUUGUAAAAUAAUCUUAGUGAUAGUCAUCUAACGAAACAACCAUACUUUUUCUCUCUUUGGUUUUUGUAAUAACUAAGAACUAUUACAACCACACUCUCUGGCUACUACGUAAACUCAGCAUGUAAGCAAUCAACCACAAAUCAAGC